AUGGCGGAUUUCGAAUACGACUAUAUUGUCUGUGGUGGAGGCACAUCCGGUUGUGUUGUUGCAGCCCGCCUCGCCGAAGACCCCUCCCUUCGUAUCAUGCUGGUCGAAGCCGGCGCCCACAAUGAGCAUCUCGAGAACGUUCAUAUGGUCGGAGGAUGGUCGAAGAACUUCGAUACUCCUCAAGAUUGGAACAUCGUCACAGAACCCACACCAGGUAUCGACAACCGACAGGUGAAGGUCAGUAGAGGUAGGUUCUUAGGAGGCAGUAGCGGCGUCAAUGGUACGCUCUGCCUUCGUGGAACGGAACAGGAUUAUGACGAUUGGGACCUGGAAGGGUGGAGUGGAAAGGAGAUGUUUGAGGCCAUGAGAAAGUCUGAGACGUUCCACGGCAAAGACUGGUUCGAAGCUGCCGAAGGUGCCCACGGUACCGAUGGGCCUUUGCACAUCGAGCCUCACGACUUGGCUCCGAUCUCAAAAAGGCUACUUGACUCGUUCCAGAGUCAGGGCAUGCCACUCCAUCCCGACAUGUUCUCAACAGGAGAGACGGCUCAAGGUUGUGGACAUGCUCCCCGUACUGUGUACCAAGGAUUGAGAACCACCGGCGCCGAUUUCGUUACCAAAGAUCAACAAAAGUCCAACAUCGAAAUAUUGGUCAACACGGUUGUGGAUAAGAUCGGAUUCGAGAACAUCAACGGACUGAUGACGGCUCGAAGUGUCGAUCUGGUUGGACCAGACGGUACACGAAACACAGUGCAGGCAAAGUCUGAAAUCAUCAUCUCUGGCGGAGCAUACUGUACUCCCCCAAUACUUCUUCGCUCUGGUAUUGGUCCACGUAACGACCUCGAGAAGAUGGGAAUCGAAUGCUUGGUUGAUGCACCUGGAGUCGGACAAAAUCUGCUCGAUCACCUCAUUGUCUUCGUGUUUUAUGAGACAGAACAAGCUGGACUUACAACUGACCAUCAUGUGUACCACGGAGAUAGCCUUGCCACGACAUACGCUCAAUGGCAGAAGGAAAAGACAGGAUUCCUCUCCACGUUCCCAUUCGGAGCAUUUGCUUUUGCCAGGCUAGACGACCGACUAAAGGAUGAGCCACUUUGGCAAGAAGCAAUGAAGUCCGCUGAGCCCGGGAGAGACGCAAUGGGCUUGACUAAGAGCCAGCCCAACGUCGAGUACUUUACUACCGAGUGUUACGGAGGGCCGAAGCAGUAUGCAGACUUCCCAAUCGACAACAAGCAUGCCUUUUCCAUGAUCACAGAACUAUUCAGCCCCAGAUCCAAGGGCACGGUUGUGCUCAAGUCGAAGGAUCCCCUGGAGAACCCCAUCGUGGACCACAAAUAUCUGUCAGAUCCAUUAGAUCUGCUGGUGCUGACUGAAGGAGUGCGUAUGGGCAACGAAGUGGUCAUGCAGGGCAAAGGGACGAAAGACAUUGUGAAGGGAUCCUGGCCAGCAAACCUCACCCACCAUGCAUUCACUAACCGCGAAGAGUGGAUUCCUCAUGUCAAGCAGCAUGCUACGACAUGUUAUCAUGCAGCAGGAACAGCAAAGAUGGGCAAAGCAUCAGACAAGAUGGCUGUUUUAGACGAGAAGCUCCAAGUACGUGGUGUUAAAGGACUAAGGGUGGCGGACUGUUCUGUCAUGCCAACAUUGCAUGGUGGCCAUACCCAGAUGCCCGCAUACGGCAUUGGCGAGCAGUGUGCCAAGUUCGUCAAACAGACCACCAGCACAACUUCAAAUGAGCUGGAGAGGAUGGACAGUGCCAUGCAGGUAGAGCAAGGUCGUCUAAAGUCCUAUUAG